GUAGCGGAAACUUUGCUUCCCCGGGCUGCCAUUGAGAUGAAGCCACUUCCGGGGCCAGCAUUUGCCACCAGUUAACAUGGCGGAUGAGCUGCUGGAAACAGUGGACAGACUUCAGUCCCGGCUCAUGGAGAGCCCUGAGCCGCGAAAGCUCCUCAAGACACUCAAAAGACUCGGCGAACUGCCGAUGACCGUCGACAUCCUGGUGGAAACUGGAGUGGGAAAGACCGUGAACUCCUUUCGGAAACAUGAAGUAGCUGCAGAGGUGGCAAGAAACCUUGUAGCCAAGUGGAAGAAACUGGUUCCCCAGUCGGCUGACAGUCGAAGCAGCAACAGUCACGUGAAAGAGGCACCGCGGUCACAUUCUCGAAGCGCUGAUGUGGCCCUACAUAGACGCCAGCGCGAACCAUCCCCCGAGGAAGAGGAGCAUACCUACGCUGAAGAAGAAGAGGAAGACGAACGAGGCUAUCGCACCAACUAUUCCCCCUCACCACCUCAGCGACAGCAGUACAGCCCCCCGCAGCCUGGGAGUGACCAAUCCGACAAAUAUGACAGCCCUGGUCCGGAGCUUGAGCCCGAGCCCAGCCCAACACCUCCUCCUCCUCCUCCCCGCCGGUCACCGCUUCCCCACAAACACGGCAAGCCCAGCAAAGCUCCCAAGAACCCGCACCACCACCAUCACGGCGACCACUCCAACCGCAGCAGAGACAGCGAGACGCUGUCGCGCCACAUUCCCACAAGCCGCGGCGACGGGAAGAAGCGCAACGCCGGAAGGGAAUGCAGCCCAACCACAAAGCCCGCCAAGCACAGCAGGAAGUCUGAAGGCAGCAAACGGGAGGAGACCAGGAAGGGAGGAGAUGAAGGGCGACCCCAAACACAGAAAGACUCACUCGGCAGCGAGGAGGACAACGACGACUUUGAGACGCCCACCAUGUCCUUCGAGUCCUUCCUCACCUACGACGCACCGACGUCCUCCGUUAAGAAGAAAAAGAAGACCGCAGCGGCGUCCUCGUCCUCGCACGUUCGCCCUUCUCGCUCCUCCUCGACCGCGACGCCGACGACGAAGCAGACGACGAAGCCGACGUCCUCUCGUCGCGGCGCUCCGCCUGCCGCCUCCUCGUCCUCAUCUUCAUCCUCCAAAGGAAGUAAAGCAAACGGCCUGGAACGCACAAAGAGGUCUCGUUCGGGCUCCUCUUCAACCGUCCCGGAAAAACGCAAAAGGGUGGUGGAGGCCGUCCCGUCACUUCCCGAAAUCCCCCUUCCGGCCAUCCAGCCCGAUUACAGACCGCUGCCCUCCAUCGACAUCACGCCGUUGUCCCCUCAGAGGCGGAAAGGUCCCGUCUUCAACGACGAGGAAGACGCCGGCUUCACGGGCAAGCGCUUCAACUCCAAGAUGGUGGUCUACUCUGGAUCCAAGAGCGCCUACCUGCCGCGGAUGAUGACGCUGUACGAGCAGUGCAUCCGCGUGCUGCAGAAUAACAUCGACUCCAUCGAUGAGGUGGGAGGUGUCCCCUUUGAGAUUCUCGGGCCGGUCCUGGAGCGCUGCACUCCAGAGCAGCUGUACCGCAUCGAGCAGAGCAAUCAGUGGUUCACAGAGGACUCAAACGAGCUGUGGAUGCGCCACUGUCAGCGUGACUUCAAGCGGGAGACGCCUCAGGAGUACGAGUCCUGGCGUGAGAUGUACCUGCGGCUGCACGACGAGCGGGAGAUGCGCCUGCGCAGGCUCACGCAAAAUAUCAGCAUGGCGCAUGCCAACAAGCCCAAAGAGCGGCAAGUCAAAAUGGCGUAUGUCAACUCCGUGGCCAAGCCGCCUCGGGAUGUCCGCCGCCGGCAAGAAAGAUUUGGGACCACUAACGGUUCCACAGCGGCCUCCACUGCCACUGCCACCACACCCAUCAAAAUAAGACCGGCCAUCAUCGACUACUCCGGUGAGUCCAGUCAGUCUUCGUCCUCCUCGUCUCUCGUCAGCCCUUCUCCCGGAUCGUCACGAUCCUUGGCAACGAACGCGGGAGCCUUAGGAGGUCCACACGCCUCCCGGGAAAAGCCGCAAGGCAAAAAAAUCGCCCCCAUGAUGGCCAAAACUAUCAAAGCUUUCAAGAACAGAUUCUCCCGCCGAUAAUUACUUUUAAUUGAAACCUUUUAUCAAAGGCAGUGUCCUAAAAACACAUUUCCGACUCAACAUGACCUUUGUGGGGUUGGUAGGGGGAAAGGACUCUUAUUUAAUUUGGGCUGUUUUUUAAUAGAUAUUUAAAUGAUGGCUGGGUCAGUGUGGAAACAAAAAGGUUAUUUUAGGAAUCAAUGCACAAAAUUACACCAGACAUGAUAUGCAGGGGGUCAGGGGGUGGGUGCGGGGGGGAUUGUCUAUCACCACAAUGAACAUGCAAAAUAGUAUUUGUGGCCACGAAAUAAGAAAUGUUUGGUGCAAAUACUAAUUUGUGGCUACCAAUUACAUAUAAGCGUGUGGACAAAUGAUUUAUUAAAAUGACUAUUCUUGGACAAUUGAGUGAGCAAAUGCACUGAACCCUCGCUAGGAAUUGUACAAGGUACACUACAUUUGUUCACUCAGACGUCCAAUUUGUUCAUAGGACUGAGGUUCAACCUACAAAUUAGUAUUUUAUGCAAACGUUAUGUUGUGCCCACAAUUGAAUUUUUUUCCCCCCUUGUCAUGUCUGGAGCUCUGUACACAGCAACAUUGUUUUGGAAAAAAAAGAUGGAAGAAAUAGGUCAUUUGUUUUUUUUGUAGUCAUGUACGCCUUUGGAUGAAAACAUGAUGCGUUGUGUCUUUUAAAGUGAGUGCAUGUCGCAAAGCAUUCAGAGACUGCUCUGUUUGACUUUCUUGUUGAGGACUUAAAAGGAUCAAUUAGCUCCUCUUGUUAAAGUCUUCUUUCCUGCUGUUCACUGUAUGUGCGUCCUCCCGUGUGUAAAUAUCCACCAUAUCUGCUUCACUGUGACAAACCAGAAGAUGAGGAAAACACCCACCAUGAACUUGUUUUAAGAGAUGUAUUUAUGACACUAUUAAUGACGUUAACCGGAUGCCCCUGCUUGUCUUUGGCACACAAAAAGGAAGUAGAUGGAAAACCUGUAAUUUUAUUAGAUUUUAAUAAAUGUUCUAUGGUCUUUUUUUUUAAUUAAAUUUGACUUUUUGCCCAAA